CCCCGUUCCCCCCCGCUCUCUCCUCGCGAACGCUUCUUCCUCAGUUCAAUAGCUCGUAUUUUGGGGAUCGAUUUUUGAGCAUUUUUGGUGAUUCAAACUAGUAGAUAAGUUUGGUAAAAAGAUGGCGUGGAGGGGGCAGUUAUCUCGUAACAUUAAGGAGCUGCGGUUCCUUUUCUGCCAAACUUCGCCAGCUAGCACACAAACUCGGGAAUUUGUACAUCGUAACUACAAGGAUUUAAAGACCUUGAAUCCAAAGCUCCCUAUCUUGAUCCGCGAAUGCAGCGGCGUUGAGCCUCAACUCUGGGCUAGAUAUGAUAUGGGUGUUGAGAGAUGCGUCCGCUUGGACGGGUUGGCUGAAGCUCAGAUUAACACGAAACUCGAGGAACUUGUGAAGGCAGGAGAAGCACUUAAAGCUUGAUAGAUAUUCAUCUUGGUUUUGUUUCAAACUUAAUUUUAAUAAGAAAACCGUCAUCUCGGAGUAAUCUCCCGUUUCAAGAUUUAAGGAAAACACAGUUAUGCUCAUGUAAUAUUUAAUUUUGGUUCUCAUGUUAAUGAUCUUAUGGAAAACUGUUUCUUGGUUUGACAAUCUGUAAUAACGAACGAGCGUUGUAGAAGCACGACGAAGCACGACGAAGCACGACGAGAGUAUCAGCUAGUAAGACUCUGAUGAACUGUGAAUUGGUGCAGUUUAACCAUUUGAGAAUGAGAUCGAUCUGUCGGAGCUUUAUGAAGCGAAAGAAGCUUCUGACUGAUACCUGUGAUUGUUAUUUAUCUCUUUAAUCCAAAUUUUUUCAU